AUGCCUUCCCAGGUCCGAUUCUCCGAGGGUACAAAGACCACCGAUUCCCCCAAUAAAGCCCUCAUAGGCGAUAAGAACCACACGAACAUCAAGGAGAACUUGGAUUAUCACCGCAACGAACUGCGUUUCAACAUGCACGGCAAGAUCAGCCUCAUCCCACACGCCGACUUCUUCGACCGCUUCCUCCCUUCGAUGAAGACACCCAGGUCGGAAUCCAACAGAUUCAAUGGCUUGGAAACGCCAUCCUCAGAGACAGAUAUGUACAAGUCGCUGGUGAGUAUCGUCCUCAUUGUUCGUCGUCGAUAUAGAGUCGUCUCGCUGAUGCGGUGGUUACAGCCUAAGGCGCUGAACAAUGCCCGCAUCUGCCCCCGCUUCAAGUUCGUCGCGCAUCCACACAAGCCUGACAAGACCGAGCACACGAAACAAUCCGUCGACAUGGGCAUGUACCCAGCCGACAACGUGCCGGAGGCUGAGAACAACGCGAUCUAUCCGGGCGUAGACUGGUCUUACCUCGAACUGCCGAUGGAGUGCAAGACGAGCAGCACGGAACAGGACCCCUUCGAUGAGGAGCGGGGCGGCGAGCCGGUCGGGGAGAAGCGCAAGGAUGUGCUCGGCCAGAUCCUGUCGUACGCCGAGCUCGUCUUCCAACGUCAGCAGCGGAUGUUCUUCUUCAUGGUGAUCUUCCUUGGCGAUUACGCCCGCAUCGCGCGGUUCGACCACUCGGGGGUGUUUGCGACUCACAAGUUCGAGUACAAGAUCAAGAACAGCCCUUUGGUCAAUUUCCUGUACGGGUACUCGCGUCUGCCGGCUGUCGAGCGUGGACACGACCCCACCGCCACGCGAAUCCUAUCGACGGACCCGCUCUACGUGGAGAUGAAGGAACGGGCCACAAAAGGCAAUUCGGAUGAUCCGCACGAUUACGUGCGUGAAUUGUUCAGACAUACGCUCAAGUUACGUCGGCCGUGGUGGAAGCUGGAGGUCCACGAGCAGCGCAAGGAUGACGCGGGACGCGACCUGGAGCCCGUCAUCCACAAGUUCGCUGUCGGCGCACCGUACUUCCAAGCUCCCGGUGUGGCUGGACGGUUCACGCGUGGCUACAUCGCCUUGCCUGUCAACGAUAAAGGCAAAAUUGACGACGAAGCUACGUUUGUGUUUCUGAAGGACGCGUGGCGUGUCGACCAUCCGGAAAUCGAGCAGGAAGGGGAAACACUACGGUUUCUCAACCAACGGAAGGUGCCGUUCGUGCCGACGUUGGUGUGCCACGGCGACCUCGGGCAGAAAGUCCCUUUGAAGACGCACUCGCUUUACCGGGUGGUGGUGAAGGAGGUCGGGCUUCCGCUUGAGGCAUUCUCGGAUAGCUCUUCGCAACUGUGUCGAAUCUUGUUGUGCUCGCACGCGAAAGCUUACAAAGCUGGGAUCAUACAUCGCGAUAUCAGCGCGGGAAACAUGCUGAUGUACAAAGGGAAAGACGGAAAGUGGUUCGGACUGCUCAACGACUGGGAACUAUCGAAGAAGGUAGACAACGAAUCUCCUGAGGGUCGUCAGCCGGAUCGCACUGGUACCUGGCAAUACAUGUCUGCGCACGCCCUCAACGAUCCAUAUCGUAGGAUCGUCAUUCAAGACGAACUGGAGUCUUUCUUCCACGUCCUGCUCUACUACGCCAUCCGCUUCGUCCCUCAUAAUCUCGGCGACGAGGACGUUGGUCUGUUCUUGCAUGAAUACUUUGACGGGUACUUGUCGACCAAUGCCGGGUACCGAUGUGGCUUGGCAAAGCGGAACGCGAUGGUGAACGGCGCCAUA